CCCCUCCCCCCCUGCAGUGGCUUUUUGCUUUUUGGUUUUUCGAUCGCCUUCUUUUCUUCGUCCCAUAAUUCCUUUUGCUCGAUCAGCAGUGCCUAGAGCCCCCAACUUGCGGCCACCUUCCACUGCUCUAGCCCAUUAAAGGACUCUGGGUCUACACGUCGACCACUACUCGCGCCCUUAGCAUCCUAAAAGGUUGCUGGUCUUGGUGUGUACGGCCUGCGAGUCAUCCUCACUCAGUUCCCGGCCGUACUUUGGCAGAAACCUCCGUGCGAUUGUGGGAUUCACAAUGGCGGAAUAUCCUGUCACCUACAAUGGGACCGACAAUGGCACUGGUGGUAACUCUCUGACAGAGGAUCUCAACAUCUACUACAGUUCUGGAGAUAUUGCUUGGGUUAUCACCUCUACUGCUUUGGUGUUACUGAUGAUUCCUGGUGUCGGCUUCUUCUACUCAGGUCUUGCCCGUCGGAAAUCUGCAUUGUCGCUAAUAUGGCUUUCGAUCAUGUCGGUUGGGGUGGUGUCUUUCCAGUGGUUCUUUUGGGGAUACUCAUUGGCCUUCUCUCACACAGCUGGAAAGUACAUUGGUGAUCUGAACAACUUUGGAAUGAAGGGGGUUUUGGCGGCUCCAUCGGUCGGCAGUGACAAGGUUCCCGAUAUCCUCUUCGCUGUCUUCCAGGGAAUGUUCGCCGCCAUUACUGUUGCCCUUGCAGUGGGUGCAGUAGCCGAGCGUGGUCGCAUGCUGCCUUGCAUGGUCUUUAGCUUUGUCUGGACCACCAUCAUCUACGAUCCGCUUGCCUGUUGGACAUGGAAUUCGUCGGGCUGGGUUUACCUGUUGGGAGGUCUCGACUUCGCUGGUGGUACCCCCGUCCACAUCGCCUCCGGAUCCGCCGCGUUGGCAUACUCUCUGAUGCUCGGAAAGCGUCGCGGACAUGGCACCCAUGAGCUCAACUACCGCCCUCACAACGUCACCCAUGUGGUUAUCGGUACUGUCUUCCUCUGGGUUGGAUGGUUUGGAUUCAAUGCAGGAUCCGCCUUGGCCGCCAACCUGCGUGCUGUGAUGGCAGCUGUUGUCACGAACCUGGCCGCGUCCGUGGGUGGAGUCACCUGGUGCAUCAUGGACUACAGACUGGAGAGGAAGUGGUCUACUGUCGGCUUCUGCUCUGGUGUGAUCGCAGGUCUUGUUGCCAUUACUCCAGGCUCGGGCUUUGUGACCCCAUGGGCUGCCUUCAUCUUCGGAGUGGUCGGUGCCGCUGCUUGCAACUAUGCGACGAAGCUCAAAUACGUGCUUCGUGUCGACGACGCCCUGGAUAUCUUCGCUGUGCACGCCAUCGGAGGUCUUGUGGGCAACCUCUUGACUGGACUUUUUGCUGCUGAUUACAUUGCCCACCUCGACGGUUCCACGACCAUUGCUGGAGGUUGGAUCAACCACCACUACAUUCAGCUUGGGUACCAGCUGGCCGACUCCAUUUCUGGCAUGGCCUACUCCUUCUUCGGCAGCUGCAUCAUCCUCUUUGUCAUCAACCUGAUCCCUGGUCUGCACCUGCGCAUUCCUGAAGAAGACGAGAUCCUUGGUGUCGAUGAUGCCGAGAUUGGUGAAUUUGCCUAUGACUACGUCGAAAUCACCCGCGAUGUCAUUGGCGGCACUGCCCCCGAGAGCGGCGAGGUUGCCUCCAAGCGCACCAUGACUCCCCCCAACGGCAACGAAGAGUCUGUGGAGACCAAGGCUUAAUGGGUGUAACUAGGAGUGACGACCUUUCAUUCCUACCUACCACUCAUUCUAUGCCAUCACACCGUGAUCACGAAAAACAAUUACUUAAUUCCUUUUGGAUCUCUUGAUACCUAUUUCAUUUAUUGUUACCAAUUUUCGAUGCCUUUACUAUUAUUAUGUAUAUACAUUUCCUUCGUCUAUCCCUACUAUUUAUCUACAUAUUCUUUUCACAUAUAUCCAUUCUUUAUUUUGGCUUGGACUUGCCUGAAGAACAAACACUCCACGUGGGAUCAAAGCUACGAUACAACUGAUCAUUCAUUCCCUCCUACCUUUCUUUUUUUCCAUCGUCUCAUCCCAACUACAUUCAUUGCAAACAUACAUACCAUGUACUAAUCCCAUCAUCAUAUCUAAAAAUUAAAUACCUUACCUAGC